AAAUAACCGAAAUAUCAUUAAAGGAUUUGUAUAUAAAGGAUUGCGACAGAAAGGGAAGACCUAGUUGAGUUACACAUGUCAUAUACUCGUAUUUUAUAGUAGAAAAGAAUUUAGCAAAUAUUUUUGAAAAAUGAUGGGUAACAAAUUAAUUUGUUUGAUGAUUUGCUUUGCCUGCAUUUCACUGUAUCUGAUGGAAUCUGUCGAGGCGAAAAAUUAUGACCCUAAUCCUCCUCAACGUUCGCCUUCACCUCAAGAACGAGGUCGUUCACGUACCGUUCCAGCCCAUCUGCAAAAUCAAGGACAGAAUGGUCACCAAAAUGGGAACGGACAACAGAACGGAAAUGGCCACACUAAUGGUAAUGGACAACAAAAUGGUAAUGGUAAUGGUCAUCAUGGACGCCGUUAACAAAUCAGUACUGAAAGGUUGUUUCCGAAUUGGUUAAUUUUGUAUAUGACAAGGGCAUAAUAAAAAUAUUUUAAAUUCUAGAAA